CAGGUGUUCCUUCUGUUCGACAAGGACGGGAACGGUAGCAUCGACAUGGGAGAACUCAAAGAUGCCAUGCAGUCGAUCGGGGUGGCGGUCAGCGAAGACGAGGCCAAGCGCAUGAUCGGGCGCAUCGACAUGGACAAGACAGAGACAGUCGACAUGCCCGAGUUCUGCAAGAUGGUGCGUGCUGGAUUCGGUGGUUUCCGAACGAGCGAGGAGCUGCGUGAAGCCUUCGUCGCCAUGGACAUUGGAGGCGACGGCGUGAUCAGCCCUGCCGAUCUCAUCAUCGUGAUGGACGGCCUGGGCGAGCGCAUGAGCCAAGAGGAAGCCCUCGAGUGGAUCAAAUAUGUCGACUCUGAUGCCGACGGUGUUGUCGGAUUCGAAGACUUUGCAAAGCUGAUGCUCGAAGAUUCAUGA